UACUAUCACAGAUUAUUACUUGAAUGGUGACAAUCUAGGAAUACCGACAUACACGGCGUAAUGCUCGACGGAUUGUUUUCGCGUCCUUAUACGAGCACGAUUUUCGAGACAAUCGUGCGAGGUUACAGUUACGCUCGACGAUGAUUCAACUAGCCGGUUUGUUUUACGGUUCGCGACGCGUCAUCCCGCUUGAAAUUCAGUAAUCGUUUUCCGAAUGUUUUCAUCGUUAGCAACUUAAAUUCUACACGGGGAUAAGCGAAAUAACAUCGGCGGUAUAUAAUAAUGGCAGCCCAUAAGACAGGCGGACAGAGUACACGUAAGAAGAUACAGGUAUCCAUGGUCAUAAGGGAUGAAGUAGAGAGAAGGCACAGAGCUGGCGUUAAUUCUUUACAAUAUGAUCCGAUUUUACAUAGACUUUAUUCUGCGGGCAGAGAUAGCAUUAUAAGAAUAUGGAAUUGUAAGAAUAUGAACGAACCGUAUAUACAAUCUAUGGAACAUCAUACAGAUUGGGUCAAUGAUAUUGUUUUAUGUUGUAGCGGAAAGACUCUUAUAUCUGCUAGCUCCGAUACCACUGUCAAAGUUUGGAACGCGCAUAAAGGAUUUUGCAUGUCAACAUUAAGGACUCAUAGGGACUAUGUAAAAGCAUUGGCGUAUGCUAAAGACAGAGAACUAGUAGCUAGUGCAGGCUUAGACAAAACAAUCUACCUCUGGGAUGUAAAUACGCUCACAGCUCUCACUGCGAGUAAUAAUACAGUGACGACAUCAACUUUGUCUGGCAGCAAGGAUUCGAUAUAUAGCCUUGCUAUGAAUGUUACUGGAACAGCUAUAGUAAGCGGAAGUACAGAAAAAGUUCUUAGAGUAUGGGAUCCGAGGUGUUGUACAAAACUUAUGAAACUGCGUGGGCAUACAGACAAUAUUAAAGCUUUAGUGCUCAAUAGAGAUGGCACAAAAUGUUUAUCGGCAAGUUCAGAUGGCACAAUUAAAUUAUGGUCACUCGGAGAACAGAGAUGUUUGCAAACUUAUAGAGUACAUAAUGAGGGUGUCUGGGCAUUAUUGGCUACAGAUACUUUUAGUCAUGUAAUAUCAGGUGGUAGGGACAAAAGAGUCGUAAUGACUGAAUUAAGCCAUCCUGAGAAAUCUGUUGUUAUAUGCGAAGAAAAAGAGCCCAUACUCAAAAUGGCAAUGACCCCUGAUCAAUCUAGUAUUUGGGUUGCGACUAGUGAAUCUACCAUUAAUAAUUGGUCUAUAAGCCAAAGGGAUUGGCAAGAUAUUGGAGAUUAUUGUGAUUCUGCCGGGGGAAUGGCAGGAAAUGUUGGUGUACCAUUAAAUACCGAACCGAGCCAGAGGAUAUUAGGAGCUCCUGCAAUACGACACUGCCAUAUCCUAAAUGAUAGGAGAUACGUUCUAACAAAAGAUACAGAUGAAAAUGUAGCACUAUACGACGUAUUAAAAGCCUGUAAAGUGGAAGAUUUAGGUCAUGUAGAUUUUGAACAGGAAAUAAAAAAGAGAAAUAAAAUGGUUUAUGUUCCAAAUUGGUUUAAUGUUGAUCUCAAGACUGGGAUGUUGAGCAUCCAUUUAGGACAAGAUGAAAAUGAUUGUUUUUCUGCAUGGGUUUCUGCUAAAGAAGCUGGUCUUACAGAUAAUAAGGGUCAAGAUCAAAAAGUAAAUUAUGGAAGUCUACUUUUACAAGCACUCCUUGAACACUGGUGGCGACCGAUGAACGCAGAUGAUGAUAAUGAGGGAAAUAGUAAUGAUGGAAAUGGGUCGACGCACGACAGUGGUAGAAAUUUGUAUUUUUCUGUACCUGGUCAUACACCUGUAAUUUUCAGUGAAGUUGGUGGUAGAACAAUGUGUAGGUUACUAGUUCGAGAUGCUGCAGGUGAAACAGAAAGUGUAUUAUUAAAUGAUACGGUACCAUUAUGGGUAUCAAAUAUCGUAGCAAAUAAAAAUCUUCCACAAUUCAUCAAAAUACCUUUUUAUUUAACUCCACAUGCAAGUUCUGGAGUGAAAAGUCUGAAAAAGGAUCGUUUAAUUGCAAAUGAUUUUAUACAAAUUCGGAAGGUCGCAGAGCAUAUUUUUGAUAAAGCACUUUGUGCAGGCAGUGAUUCUGGUUUAGUAACUGGCGUUGGUAAUUCCGUAUCUGGAGGUUCUCCAGCAGGAGAUAGAGCAAAUACAGAUUCUAACGCAGAUUCCUCUUCAUUAGCUGAGGAAAAAGUUGAAAUUUUAUGUAAUGAUCAAGUUUUAGACCCAUCUAUGGACUUAAGGACUGUAAGACAUUUUAUUUGGAAAAGUUCAGCAGAUUUAACACUUCAUUAUCGUCCUGUCAAAUAGUUAAUGCUGAAUACAUCAAAUUAUGGAUCCCUGAAGUGUGCCUGGUUUUGUACUGUGGUUAAAAUAAUGGAAAAUACAUGGGCUACUUGUAGAGUGCAAAAUCAUAUACCAAGUUCACUUUAUGAAAUAUUUAGCCUGUUUUCAAUGGAUGCUUCAUAAAGCAAUGAAAACAGAGGCACCUAUGGAGUACAUAAGAUUGAAUAAGUUUAUAGGCAAUAACACGUGGAAGUAUUAACAGAAAUUGUUGAUUUUAUAUAUAUAUAUAUACAUAUAUAUAUAUAUAUAUAUAUGUAUAUAUGUAUAUGUAUAAAUGGUCUAUAUCCUGUGGCUGAACUUAUUCUUGUAAACAGGAGAUGUAAAAUUUAGUUGCAAAUCAUUUGCUUUCGGAAUAGUAUGCUUUUUGUACCUGGAUAUAUUUAGAGAGUAAAAUGCUUGUCAGAGUCAGCCAGUUAGUGUCUUCCCAUUUGAAGUAUAUCACUAUAAAAAAUAAUAGCAAAAGCACAGUGGAGAUCAAGUGCAUGGCCCAGGAAAUCACUGCUUUCUAUUGUUCCCUGAUAAUGAUUUUAAUACUAAAUAAUUUUAGUAUCACUUUUUAGCAAAAUUUAAUAUAAUCGUUAAUAAACAUAAGAGGAGAGUAAUAUUUUAUUUGAAAACCUUUAGUAAAAUUUUUAGGUAUUUAUUAAAGGUAUACAGAAAAAAAAAAAAAGAAAGAAAAAAAUUACAAGAGCAUGACAAUUGUACUCCACACCUGCCUUCAUAUCUUACAGAAUGAUUAACAUAGUAAGAAAAAAAGGAAAUGUCAAUUUACCUUUAAUCAAAUUAUAUUUGAACAGCCAAAUCAUACCAGUUCAAUAUUUCCUAUGUGUAAUAUGGGAAGUGAACGAACUUAUCUGUCUUCAAGAUUGCAAGAUCAAACUCUGUCUUAUAUGGGACUUCCAGUUUUAAUUAAACUUUUAAUAAUAAUAAUCUGGCUCUCCUAAAGUGUAUACAUAAUCUCAUCUGUAUGACAUACGUGUUUGUUAAUUAAGGGAUAUAAAUGUUACAACAGAAUUUGAUCUUGUGGGGACUAUUGUAACCGUUAAAAUAUAUAUAUAUAUAUAUAUAUAUAUAUAUAUAUAUAUAUAUAUAAAUAUUAAGGUACUAUAAUAUAAACGAACUUCUCUUCACGAAAAAAAAGAUUUUGCACGCAUAACAAGAAAUGUGCUAUUAUAAUCAAAUUGGUUUCUUAAUACAUAAAUAGCCAAAUGUAUAUACAAUUUGGAAGCAGGGAAACUUCACUAUAGUAGGGUAUAAUUUUAUGCUGCUACUAAAUUAUCACUUGAAUAGUAACAAAUGCAAUUUAAUAGCGGAAUAAUUUUUUUUCGUGUAGAGUCGACAAAGAAAAUUAGAGAAAUAACUAUCGCGAGAGAGGGGGUAUAUAUGUACAUUCCUAGUUAUAUUUAACCUGUUUUUAUCUUUAUAUGUCAGCAAUAUGUAUACAAGUACAUUUCUUGCAUAGACCUAUAUCUUCAAUUUUAUUGACACGUUAUUCUUUCUAAUUAGAGAUUGUUCAUAUUAUCACAUUAUUAUCACAUCAUGCAGGAAAAUUCAGAUGUACCUAAAAAAGACUAGUACAUAAGUAGUAGAAGAUAUAUAUUUCAGUGAUGAACUGUUACACUGCUUCUCUUUAAAACAACAUAUCUUCGGUGGAUUUGCAAUAUGUUAUAUAUUUAGAUUAUAUAUCAGUUUUGCAUUUAUUAAUACAUAAUUUCACAACAUAUUGCCUGAAAGCUUGGUUUCAGGGUGUAUUUAUGUACAUGACAUUACAAAUAAGAUCAUUUAGUUCAUUCAUUGCUAAAGGUUGUCAUCGUUUGAAAAAAAAAAAAAGAAAUUAAUUAUUUAUCAUAGUUUACUAAACUUAAAUUAAAUAAGGGGUUUAAGAAUAGAAAUAUGCAUGCGAACCAUUAGCAAAAAAAUUUCCCGAUCAUAUAUAUAUAUAUAUACAUAUAUAUAUAUACAUGUACAUUUGUGUGUGUAUGUAUAUAUAUAUAAUUAAAUGUAAGUACAUAGGCUGAAAUAAGAUAUUUCCAUAAUUGCCAGUUAAUACACUUGCUUCUUGAGAAUUUGAUUUUAUCUAAGGUUUCCUCUCUCUUACUCAGGGUGCCACUUCAUUCAGUAUACAUAUCUUAAUGCCUAAGAUCAUUAAGAACGAGUAUCACUUGAUCAUUGAACUUCUUUUUGAUCAUUGAACUUGAGCAUUGAAAGCUUCUUUUAUUUGUAAUUUCUUUUUACUACAGAUAAUCCUUCCCUAUCUUUUCUAUUUUCAAUAAACAAACAAAAUGUUUUAUUAUUCGAAUUAAGUAUGUUACAAUAUUGUUGGAUAUAUUCUUUCGUGUUGCAAACAUAUUUUGUGUCUCUCAGGAACUUAUACCUUAUAUCCAUUGAUUAAUUUUAUAUAGAUAAAAAAUAUUGUGAGACCUUGAAUUUCGAAUUAUAAUUUUUCUACACAUUUCUAUCUUAACACACAGGGGUAUACUGUAAUUAAAUGUCCAUUGUCAUAAAAUCAAAAUCGAGAUUUGUAAUUGUAUAUUAUAGAAGGUAAUGCAAACCCACCAGAUAUGGAAAGUUGUGACUGCGUUGUUUAAAAAAAAAAAGAAAAAAAGAAUACAAUUUAAUAGUAUAUUAACAUUCACAAACAAUUAAGCAUUUAUUAAUUAUUUUUAUAUUUUAUUACGAUCAUAUUAUUUGUUUUCAAUCAUGUAUGUGGUAAUAGUUAAGAUAUAUAUGCUUUCAUUCUAAUAUUACACUUAUAUAUAGAUUGAACAUAAUAAUAAUUUAUUAAAAUUUUGAAUUUUAGAUCAAUUUGUUUUGUGUUUAAGUGUAUUUUAUGGAUUAAUAUUUUCUAAUGCAUUUUUCAUGUUUUUGAUAUUUUAUUUAUUUUGUUUUCCUCACUUCAUUAUAUUCUUAACAUUUAUUUGCGAUCAUUUAACACAAUGCAAGUAUUUUAGAAUGAAGUUACUGUGUAGAGAAGAUGUUAUAUAUGUAUAUGUAUAUGUACACAUACCACGUACGUAUACAUACAUAUAUACAUAUAUAUAUUUCAUCUAUGAAGAAACUAUUAUAUAUUAGUAAGCCUUCCUGAUUAAAAAAGAAAAAAAAAAUAAAACAAAUGUAUAUUGUUUAUUCAUUCAAGGAUGCAGUAGUAAUAUGAGAUAUCAAAACUCCUCUAAUUGCAGUUCGAAAAUAUAUGCAUGGCUUAAAAUCAAAUUGAUUAAGCCCUGAAAACACACUGUGUGCAUAGUUUUUAAAAAGAGUUAGUAAUGUUCAUUAUUCAUAAAGAGAAUGGUUAUAUAAAAUAGUGCCAAAUUUUAUACUGAAAGCAGUGUUCCUUACAGAUGCACAGAUUCUUUUGCAAGGUACGGAAUCAGAGUGUAUUUACUCUUUCUAUGUAUAUGAUCAUUCUGAAACGAGAAAUUUUUAAACUCAGAUAUGCAUGGUAGAAAGGGAUGCUGUGUAGAAAUUAUGAAAAUGUAUAAUUACGGAAACAUUAGAAUCAUGUUUUUUCUUCUUUUCUUUUCCUUUUUUUUUUUCUUCAAACUACGAAUGAUACUGCCUCAUUUAAAACAUUAAACAACGUUCAUAUUCAAAUGACACACAUUGUAUACAUUAUUAUUAUUGCUAUAUUAU